AUGGCGAUGGAGCGAGACCACAGCCUGACCCACCAGGAGCCCCACUGGAAGGAGUUCCAGUUUGACCUGACUCAGAUCCCAGCCGGGGAGGCGGUCACGGCCGCUGAGUUCCGGAUUUACAAGGUGCCGAGCACCUACCAGGUCAACAGGACCCUCCACAUCAGCAUGUUUGAGGUGGUCAAGGAGCAGUCCAACAGGGAGUCUGACUUGUUCUUUUUGGAUCUUCAGACGCUCCGAGCUGGGGACGAGGGCUGGCUGGUGUUGGAUGUCACAGCAGCCAGUGACCGCUGGUUGUUGAACCAAAACAAGGACUUCGGACUCCGCCUCUAUGUGGAAACGGAGGAUGUCCCGAACCAGCAGCCCCGAGAGCGCGGCAGCGUGAGCAGCUUCCUCAAAGGCGAGGGCCGCUGCUAUAGCGGUUGCGCGAAGGCUCCGCAGAGCCUGAACAGGCCUGGUGACGUCACCCUGACGAGCGUCCGGCCUCUGUGA